UUGCCCACUCACUCAGCUUGUCCAAAUCACACUGCAGCAUCUCCUCAUCCUCCUCACAGCUCACCCUCCCACCCAGCUUUGUUUCAUCUGCAAACUGUUGGGGUCACUCUCUCUUUCACUGCAUCUGACCCUAAUCCCAUCCCUGACCCUAUCCCUCUCAUUGUCCAUGUACCUGUCCCUGAUCCUGUUACUCUCUGUCUGCCUCUGACUCUAACGCUGAUCCUGUCAUUCACCCUGACACUCAACCUCUCCCUGACCCUGCUCUGUUUAACAAUAAUUGUGUGUAGCUGCACAGCAGGAAUCUGAAGAUUAAAGGUGUUGGAAAACAAGCUUUGAGUAACUGGGGGAGUCAGUGCGAGAUCAGCCCGAUCACUGACAGUCUGCACUCUCAGAUAUGUCCCCAUGAAUCUAAUUUCAACUUCCUUUAACCCCUUCUCAGGGUGAUGUCAGGAAACACUUCACACAAAGGGAAGUUUAAAUCUGGUACUCCCUCCCCCAAAAAGCUGCUUGGGACUUGAAAAAUUCAGAACUAAAAUUGCUAAAUUUUUAGGGUCACGGCAACACUGCAGAAGGAGACCAUUCAGCACAUCAAGUCUGCCAUGGUUCUUUCAGAGAGCAAAGCAGUUAGACCCACUCUCCAUAGGCAAGCUGACUUGUGAUAUUGCGACUAACUGUACUAUGGUACCAUCAGACUUGAUCUUCACAAAGCAUCACACUAAUAUCUGGCUCAAAGACAGCAGCUGCUGCCAAACAGGGGAGAUGGCAUCUGUUUCAGUCUAUUUCUGCUUUCUGAACUGAUAGUUGCAGCCUUCUCCACUCAUGGAAGUUAGCAGGAGGCAUUUUCUCAACUAGGUGGGCAUUUUUGGCCUAGUUAGUGAUGUCCGUUACCUGCAGUUUGAUCUCAGCGAUUGGUAUAAUACGUCACUCAGACUGAAUGUUUAUUACAGGGUGGCAGAGCUCACAAUUUUCUUCAUCUUUGUCCUUUUGCUGAAAACAACGUGAAAGAAACCCUUUGACAUUGUUCCUUGCUGAUGGCAGCAUUGAGAAAGCGGUUCUGGCUUGUGUUGGUGUGCCUGACACUGACACACAUGGCAAAGUCCAGGGCAGCCAGUGUCAAUGAAAUCCUUUCCACAGGUGACUCCGACUAUAUGCUACCAGAUUAUCGAGGGAAAGGCUGCAUCGAUGACAACGGAUUUGUGUUUGAUGUGGGCGAGAAGUUUUACCCAACUGCAACGGCUUGUCCCUGUGUCUGCACUGAAGCUGGUCCUGUGUGCCGCAAGCCCCAGUGCCCUCGAAUCCCUCCCCGGUGUAUCCGUCCAUCUGCCUGUGAGAGGUGUCGAUGUGAAGCUAAUCGAGAAGUGUACUGUCUGACUGCAGAAUGUGCUCCUGUCCACUGUGUCAACCCAUCGUAUGAACCCAACCAGUGUUGUCCUGUGUGCAAGCAGGGACCCAACUGCUUUGCAGGAAACACCAUUAUCCCUGCUGGCGUGAAAGUGGAAAUGGAUGGAAGGUCUGUCUGCUUCUGUCCAUAUAAGGAUGGCUCCUGGGAACCUCAACAACAAGCAAUCUGCAGCUCCCGUGGAAGGAGGCAGGAUCAUCAUUAUAGUGUAAAGGAAGGACAGCAGUGGGAAUGGGCACAUGGACGAUAAUCUCAUUGCAGAAUGCUGUGGCCCUGCUGUCAUAGUGAAUGUUCCCCAGAUUGUGCCCGCAUUAUAAAGGGGAUCUUAACCAUCUAGUUACUGGCCAACAUUCAGAGGGAGGCCCAGUCAAUUAACAGACCAUGACCCAGCGCCCCACCCUGGCAGCAGUAAAGCAAGUCUUGUCAGAGGGUCGGGUAAGGUUGAGGCAUUAAUUCCUGUUCCUCUUGGCUGUACAGAAUGAAUUCGAGGUUUACUGUUCUAAGGCCUCUUCCUCCUGACUACUGAGUGGAGCAUUCAGGUUGCAGCUCUCUCCACUU